AAUCGAACCUUCUUCAGCUUCUUCCUUCCAUUCCACUCCACAACUUCCUUCCUUAUUUCCCCCUGUUGGUUAAAUUCAAUAAACAAAUCCCAAAUCAAUUUAAUCAACCGAAUUGUUCUUCUAUACUAAUCAUUCUUUUACAACUCAUUUUUCGAUUUUGAUCUUAUUCACCUUCUCCUCCGAUCAAACUCAUCAAUUCCCUUCAUUCGUGUUUUCAAUUCUUUGUACCGGGAGUUUGAAUUCGUCGUGCGAGAUGACUUCUCCGUAUUACCAGUACUAUCAGCCCAAUUUCCAAAACCCUAAUCCCUCAAAUUCAACCGAUCCUCAAUACAACAAUUCCAGCCCGAACCCGGCCCCCGGCGCCGCCGGCCACGGCUACGCUUCCGCGUCUGCUCCGCCGGUUUCCUCUGAUUAUUCUUCGUCUGCCGAUUAUUCCAGCAAUUAUUAUUCAUCGACCUAUGCUCCCUAUUCUCAGAAUCCGGAGCACCCUCCUCCUUAUUCGUUAAACCCCAACCCAACUUCUCAACCGCCUGUCCAGCCAUCGUACUCGUUUCCACACUCGGAGCCGUCCUAUUAUCCAUACGAUCAGAAUCCGGCAGGGGCGGGACCGCCCGGGAGCUACGAUUAUCCCAACACGAACGCCAACUAUAAUCCCACGUAUUCCCAUUCAUCCGCCUCCUACGAUGGUUUGAGCUCAGCUCCUGUCCAGAAUUAUGACAAUACAUUUGGGAAUAAUUCCAACUUAGGAGGCUAUGGUGAUCAGGGAUCGUAUGGCGAUGGUGUUUACAAGUAUACUGGGGGCAAAUCGGAACCCUAUGGGGCUAAAGGUACUACUCGGUUUGGGUCUGAUAAUGGAGUGAUGUUUGAUGACUAUGGGAGACCCAUUAGUGUUUCGGGUGGAAAGGGAUCCUAUCAGAAUGGGUCCGGGAACGCCCCUAAGAUCGUGAAGGCAGUCCCAAAGGCUGAGGAGCAGCAUGAUGCGAAAGGCACCGCCCUGAAAUACCGUGUUAAGCUCUUGGCAGAAGGAUAUGGUCAGACUGACAUGGAUGUUCUUUGCCAGAUUGGGUUGGAUGGGAUUCGCCUUCUUGAUCCUGCUACUAACCGAACUCAAAGAAUUUACCCACUUGAGAAUGUGGCGAGAUGGGAAGUACUAGAUUCCUAUAUAUUUGCAUUUUGGGCUAAGACCUCUGUCGAUGUUGAACCAAAGCGGAUCAGGCUGAAAUCAAACAGCUAUACCACCAGUAAUAUUUUGGAUAUGGUGACAGCAGCGAGCAUUCAGGUUAAGGAAAUGGGUGGAACUACUAAGCCGUCAGAUUCAGUCAAGGAUGCCGAGCAAUCUGGCGAAAAGAAGAAAGCUUUUAUCCCUUGGAUGAACUUGGUUAAGCCUGGAAACGAGGAAAAGGAUCACUGGGUUCCUGAUGAAGCAGUUACGAAAUGUACAGCUUGUUCAUCUGUCUUUAGUGCUUUUAAUCGAAAGCAUCAUUGUAGAAACUGUGGAGAUAUAUUUUGUGACAAGUGUACCCAAGGUAGAACUCCACUCACUGCUGAUGCAGAUGCUCAACCUGUGAGGGUCUGCGACCGAUGCCUGGCAGAAGUCACUCAAAGGUUGAGUAACACGAAGGAAGCUGCAACCAAAGUCGGUGGUGUUCAGAGUCACGAUGAGCUUGUGAGAAAACUUAGGGUAAUUCCUCGUGCCAUGGUUUUUAUGUUAUUAUUGUUAUGUUUUUUUGUUUACAGACUAAUUUUUUAUUUAACAUGCUAUACAAUGCACCAGCUAUUAAGAGAUUUCGGGUAAAUUUUGUUUUCUGAUAGUAGGAGAUCAAUUUCAUGGUAUUAUACUUUCAACUGCUUCACAGGCUAAGACUAUGGUUAAGUUGUAAUGUUAAUAUUCAACACAAGUUCGUUAAGAGGUGAUUAAAUCAAAGUUUGGAUUUCUGGUUUCCUGUGCAGUUGUUAGCAAACCCCUUUCUUUUGUUUCCUAAACGACUAUUAAGGAAAAAUUCUGUUCUUUCUUCUUCCUCUCUUCUAUUUUAUUUCACCAUGAGAAUUUAUUUUGCCUUAUAACUUCAUUGAUUAUAGCUCAGCCUUUUUGAAGUAGAGACCUUAGGUUUGGGGUUAAAAAAUCAUUGUUCAUCUUUAUCUCUUCGGUUAAAAAAAGUGCUUUGUCGCAAAUAUUCUGGAAGCAUAAUGCUUGUUGUGAUGAUGUGAAAGUCCCCUUGCUAAAAGGAUCUGAAUGGUGGUCUAUUAAUUUGUACUUUUUCCUCUUUUUUUUUGUUGGUUCUGCUGCCGGGCUACUAACCCAUUCUAUUACUUUGUACACUUUUUAGCCCCCUUUCAUGUUGUCUCUCCUCAUUGAGUUAAAACUGAAAGUGUGAAAUCUCAAAUGCAGAUUCAUAUUGCCCUACUCCAAUGAGCAACCUUAGCAGUCUGCAUGUUAUUUUCACUAGUAGAAUAAAGCUAAUAUGUAUUGUUUAAAUUUUUUGCUUACUGCAAGUAUAUUGACUCCAUUGCCUUAUAUGCUCGUGUGCCCAGGAGGAGAUGGACAAAAAUCGCAAGAGUUCAACUGGUAUGUACAUUACCGAUACCUAAAGUUGUAGUGUUACUUCAUCUGUAUACUACGUUUGUGCUAUUGAGCGGUCUUUCUUGUGCAAAAUAAACAUAUGGAAUCCUUGUCCGGGAGUAAGAAAGGUGACUAAUAUUUUCAGUUUAUAACUUUUAUUGGCAGGCCCUAUUUCGAGUGGAUCUGGAACACGGAUGAGAGAGGUUGCAUGUCCAACUUGUACAGUCCAUCUACAGGUUUGGUGAAGCUUAUUUUGAACUACCCCUGUUCAAAUCAUUACAUCCUACGAACAAUUUUUUGAAAUGGAGUGUAUUAUUGACACAGGUCCAGGUUCCUGCUUCUGGUUCAGAAACCAUUGAAUGCAGUGUUUGCCAGCACCCUUUCCUCGUUGGAGCUCAUUGAUUGGUAGCAUCUUCAGUUUCCUGAGAGCAAUGUACAAAUCCGUUUAUAAAGAUUCCACAUACAAGUUUUAAUCUUAGGGACCGUGAUAAUCAUAGACUUCUUUUAUCUGUAAGAUUCAUCAAAAUUUGGAUUUUGGUUUGUCAUGUCUAUUCUUGGAUUAUACGAAGUGUUACUGUUAAUAUUUGAUUUUGUGAGUAUUUUCACAGUUGAAGUUUGGUGGUUGGUAGAAGUAUGUUUGAGGCUUUUACCUCACAAGGAUUGUCCACCAGAUAUUAUUAUCCUACGCGUCUAUAGUAUGAGGAAACUGUAUGCCUCAUGGUGUGACUUCAUUUAUUUUUCAGACAUGACUAUCGUUCACGUCCUUGAUCCAGUGGAAUUGACUGCACAAUUCUAUUAACCGAAAGUGAAAAAUAAUUUGGAAUUCAUCAAAAG